AAUUUGCAAUUUGAGGUCUAUUUGGUUAAGACCUCAUUUCCCAUCCGAUACUUUAAAAUUGUUACUCUCUAAGCCAGGGAGAUGACAUUUUCUGGGCUGACGAAUGAUGGCUCUGUAUCAAACCAGCAAUGUCUAGUAACCUUCCAAGGGCUGUGUGGUUUUUAAGAGAUUUAUUAUGCAGAGACAAGAAGCAAACAUGUUCUAUUUUAUACUAUGCAGGACCUAAGAAUCAUACUUUCCCAUCAAGAUUCGCUUGUACUGAGGCCUGGACAGAGAAGCUGGCUAUUCAUCAUCCUGAGCUUUUCCAACCCUUGCUAUGACCUUAGCCUCAAGAAAGACCCCGAUACUCCCAUCUCCUGGUUGCUAAUGGUAUAAGUUCUAGAUCUCUGAUAUGUAGACCUAGGUAGGAAUGGUUGGUGAUGGCAUAAAAACUGACAUUAUUAUGAAAAGCAGGCAGGGAGUUUUGUGCCCUUUGUGAGGAAAUUUUAAAAGUUUCUUAUAGCCUAACUACAGUUGAGGGGAAAAUCAUAAAUUAAAAUAGCACUACCAACAACAAACAACUUUCCCCUUAACAUAUAGGUAGACCUUCCAUAUUGCAGAUGGAAGGCACCUAAGAGAUCAUCCCCUUCAUUGGACUGUAUCAUGGACCUCUCAAUGUUAUCCCUAUAACCCUCAGACCUAGAGGAAAACCUUUCACAGAGAGAUGCCAAAGGCCAGUACCUGUUUGACCUUCUUUGCCACCACCUGAACCUUCUUGAGAAAGACUAUUUUGGGAUCCGCUUUGUGGACCCAGAUAAGCAGCGGCAUUGGUUGGAGUUCACAAAGUCUGUGGUGAAGCAGUUGAGAUCGCAGCCUCCGUUCACCAUGUGUUUCCGCGUGAAGUUUUACCCUGCAGAUCCUGCUGCGCUGAAAGAAGAAAUAACCAGGUAUUUAGUCUUCCUACAGAUCAAAAGGGAUCUCUACCAUGGCCGUCUCCUCUGUAAAACAUCAGAUGCUGCCUUGUUAGCAGCUUAUAUCCUUCAAGCGGAGAUUGGGGAUUAUGACCCAGGGAAACACCCUGAAGGCUACAGCUCCAAGUUCCAGUUUUUCCCGAAACAUUCAGAGAAGCUGGAAAGGAAAAUUGCUGAGAUUCACAAGACAGAACUCAGUGGUCAAACACCAGCAACAUCAGAGCUGAACUUUUUAAGAAAAGCACAGACAUUGGAGACGUAUGGAGUGGACCCUCACCCAUGUAAGGAUGUGUCAGGAAAUGCUGCAUUUCUGGCCUUCACUCCUUUUGGGUUUGUCGUUCUGCAAGGAAACAAGAGGGUCCACUUCAUUAAAUGUAUCCUGUUUGCCUCUUUUACUGCAGCCAUUCACUGGGCUGGUGGCUUCAAGGAUUUUUCUACAAAAACCCCUAAGCCCCUUUCCUGGAAUGAGGUGACCAAGCUGAAAUUUGAAGGAAAGACUUUCUAUUUAUACGUAAGUCAGAAAGAGGAAAAGAAAAUUAUUCUCACAUAUUUUGCUCCAACUCCAGAAGCAUGCAAGCACCUUUGGAAAUGUGGAAUCGAGAACCAAGCCUUCUACAAGCUGGAGAAGUCAAGCCAAGUCCGCACAGUGUCCAGCAGCAAUUUAUUCUUUAAAGGGAGCCGGUUUCGAUACAGUGGCCGAGUUGCAAAGGAAGUAAUGGAGUCGAGUGCAAAGAUCAAACGGGAGCCACCAGAAAUACACAGAGCAGGGAUGGUUCCCAGCCGCAGCUGUCCCUCCAUAACCCAUGGCCCAAGGCUGAGCAGUGUCCCUAGGACCCGGAGAAGAGCUGUUCACAUCUCCAUCAUGGAAGGCCUCGAGUCCCUCCGGGACAGUGCCCAUUCCACGCCAGUGCGUUCCUCCUCCCACGGGGACACCUUCCUGCCUCAUGUGAGAAGCAGCCGGGCAGAUAGCAAUGAGCGAGUCGCCGUGAUUGCAGACGAAGCCUACAGUCCUGCAGACAGUGUGCUGCCCACCCCUGUGGCUGAGCACAGCCUGGAGCUGAUGUUGCUUUCCCGGCAGAUCAAUGGGGCCACCUGCAGCAUCGAAGAAGAGAAGGAGUCUGAAGCCAGCACUCCAACAGCUACAGAGGUGGAGGCCCUUGGGGGAGAGCUGAGGGCCCUGUGUCAGGGGCACGGCAGGCCAGAGGAGGAACAGGUGAAUAAGUUUGUUUUAAGUGUCCUCCGUUUGCUCCUUGUGACCAUGGGACUCCUCUUUGUUUUGCUCCUCCUCCUGAUCAUCCUUACCGAGUCUGACCUUGACAUUGCCUUUUUCCGCGAUAUCCGCCAGACCCCCGAGUUUGAACAAUUCCACUAUCAAUACUUUUGUCCCCUCAGGCGAUGGUUUGCCUGCAAAAUCCGCUCAGUGGUGAGCCUGCUCAUUGACACCUGAGAAGGCAUGACUCCUCCCAAUAACUAGCCAGGUGGACCAAGGAGCCCGGCUACCCAUUCCCAGCAAUGGGACCCAUCGCGGAACCAUCGGCACAUGUACCAACUCCUCCUCUCAUGACUCAAAGUCCACAGCCUAGGAGGGUCAUUUCCCAGAAGAAAAAGAGGAUAGGCUCAUGCCCUAUCUAAACAAACUGGGAAAACUCAUUUCCUUCAGAGGUUCUUUCAAGAAAGGCUCAGCGACUCUGUUUCUCAUCCUCCCGAUUUGCAGGAUAAUUUUUGGUUUUGAAUUUUGAUUUUUCAUAGAUGUGUAUUAUUUUGAAAGUAUCAAAUAAAAAUAAUUUAUUUUACUAUUACGGAUUAUCGCAGUAGUGUCACCUAGCAGAUGGGACACUAGUUGAAGACUAGAGAGCUGUCGUCUUCUGUAUUGUGCGGGAGCUUUCCUACUGGGCUCCAGUAGGCUCAUCAGUGCAGCCUCAGCAGCACAGGCCAGGGGUCUGGACAAUGGGAACUAUCUGUAGGUUUUCCUGCCAGACGAGAUUUGAAAAAAGUAAACAUCCAUGUAGAAUGAUUAAAUGGAAAGUUGCUUCUUAUGAUGGUCUGAGUUGGAUUUUCUUUUCCUUUUGUUUUUUUCAAAUCUGAGCAGAGUGGGCAUCUGAAGGGACCACCGCUACCGCAGCAGCAGCAGCAGGGGUGGGGUAAGUCUGUCCCCUUAGACUAGAGAUCCUAGUGGGCAUCGCCAUGAGUUUUAUAUAAUGAACUUAGACUUCUGUGAUUUUUUUUUUCCUGAAGAACCUCAAGAUUUUUAUAGUGCUUCAGAGACAUUAGUUGAAUUCAGUGGUGCCUGAGAUAAGACUGUCAGAAAUGUCGGACAAAGUGUAGUUAACAGAAACGAGAACUUAGGUACCUCAGAAACUGUUGAGAUUCAGAGAGCAGUACCUAUUUUGUACCCCCCCCAAAAAACUUUCAAUUUAUAUUUUAACAAGAUGUUAUUUUCUUAUCAAUUCAUAUUUUGUUUUUACUUUAUGGAUUAAGAAAAUAGAGCCUGAUGAACUAAAUGAUGCAAGAAAGAAACUAAUCUUGAGAAUGAAAAGCUUCAGAAAAGAGAAUUCCAAGAUCAACAAAGAGCCUUGGAAGGGACCAAGAAAAGGAUUUCUUUAAAUAGGCAUACUAAAAGAUGCCUACAAAAGAAAGCAAGCAAACGUGGCAGAAACCAACAAUUAGAUGUAGAAAUACUGCCCCCUAGGGUCAUCCUCUGCAUCAGGAAAAUAAGAGUUGUAGGAAAGUAUUUGCCAUUCUUGCUGAGGGAAGCUGUGGAAGCAUGCAAAGCAUAGCAUGUGAAGGGUGAGUGUGGGGUCCAAGGCCCACGCUCUGCAACUCUUAACAACCACUCACAUACAAGAUCUCGUUUUCAUCUCAGGGAGAGAUUUCUAAGUCAUCUGGGGCCUGAGGACUUAUUUAAGGAUAGUCCGUAGACAUAUUCCUGGGACCCACACAAUAGUGGAGUGGCUGCUAACAUCACGUGAUGUUGGGCAGCCCCAAAUGCAGAAAAGGAUGAGUCACUUGAAGAUUUGCUCUCCCCUAAUUUGUCCCCUGAAAUAGCAGAAUCAUGUCCAUGUACAGAGUAUAACAGACAUGGAAUUGACGGGGUACAGGGUGGGGGGAGUGGAUUGUACAAUUCUAAAUGCCCUUUCAUCUAGACCAGGGGUUGGCAAACUUCUUCUGUAAAGUGUCAGUACAUAUUUUUUUUAUUUUGGUUUUGUGGGCCAUACUCUGUGGCAACUACUCAACUCUGCCAUCAUAGCACAAAAACAGCCAUAGGUAAUACAUAACAAGGAAACAUGGCUGUGUUCUAUAACAGUUUAUUUUUAAAAAGACAGCUGAAUUUGGACCACAGGCCAUAAUUUGCCAACCCCAAUCUAGACAAUAAAACUGCUCCUUACCAGUAUGUUAGCAGAAAGGGGGUCGGCUCUGCUCCCAUUCCUGACUUGCUAAAGGCCCAGGACCAUUUCCCAGUGGAGGCACUGGGGUUGCUUGUUUAAAGGGUGCUUGAACAACCAACCAGCAAAGAGGUAACUGAUGCCAAGAUGAGCAAGAUCAAGUGUUUAAAUGCUAAAACUCCACCAGAAGCUAAGAAUGGAAGAGGAAUGUCUGAUCAUUUCCAUACCAGCGACAACUAGGGCAGAAUUAAACAUCUAUUUACCAAGUGACAAGACAAACUGAAGGAGAUCCUAGUAAAACUUAGGGAUCACUUAGAACCAACUAUCCACUGCCACUUGUCAUCUACACAGGAAGGCUUUAUUUAGCACAGGACUGAAGUGAAAAGUAGACUCAGAGAUGAAAAGGCUGUCAGGAGAUAGGGGGCUGGUUUUAACCUGGAUAUCUACUGUCUUAUGCAACAUAGCAGAUUACCUUUUAGUGUAGUGUUCCUACCUCAGUCUGUAGAAUAUGGUGUUUCUAUGCAGUGAGUGAUAACCUUGACAGUGACCUUUCAUAUUCACAUUAAAGAGAGAUACAAUAUUCCAUUUCCCGGUAUGUUACUUGUGUCUAGAGUUCUAACAGUACAAUAGUCCAUACCACUUCCAACAGCUGGAUUUUGCUCUCUGAACAGAAACUUUUGGGUUAUUUUUUUCCAGGGCUUACCCCAGAAAAUACAGAUAGUAAAAUUUCCUUCAAUUUGCUUUUCAAGUAGCGCUUGAAUAACAAACCUCCUUUGUUGGUGACUAGUCUUUUUGGUAUCUCCCCAUCGUUAAACAUUGUUCAGAUUUUUAACCUGGUUUUACUGUGUUCCACUAUGUCUCCCAUUUUCUCUCAAAAUUAGUUUGAUCUCAUUGUAGAAAAAAACAAUGGAUUCCAUAGCUUCAUCCAUCAGAGGAAAUAAAACUCUUACUAAAGAAUAGUGUACUGCAUCUUUAAGCAGUAGAAGGUAAACUACCUGCAAAUGUGAAUUUCUUAGUUUCAUUAAAAAGUAUAGUUGUAAACCUUUCGUGUGCCAAAAAUUCUAAGUUAUACUUUCCUUCAAAGCAAUGUACUUUUUUCUACAUAUGCAGUAUGUAGUUAGCAUAAAAUCAUUGGUGCCAUGAAAAUUAUUUUUAAACUUAAAUAAAUAUUUAAAUAUCA